GAGAAGGCCCAUUUCAACCAAGCCCAGAAGAUAACUUUUUGCAUAGUCAUAACUCAGAAACCGUAAUUUUCUCUGCUUUCGAAAGUUAAAAAACGCGAUCUUUCACACUGAACCAGCAAAAUGUGACCCAAAAUGCUUACCCAGCUCCUCAGAGAUAACUGCUCCCACCUCCGUCUCCAUCCACCAAAAGCCGACAACUUUUCGACCACCACACUGGUGGAAGCCACAACUCUAGCCACCCUUGUUCUCAAUUCAUCAAACCCGCAAACUCUAGCCCAUUCGCUUCACUCUCCCGCCAUCCAAUGGACCCCGCAGCUAGUCAAUGCAGUCCUUAAAUGUCUCUGGAACCACGGUCCCAAGGCCCUUCAAUUCUUCAACCUCCUUUCCCACCAUCCUUCCUACUCACACCACGCUUCCUCCUUUGACCACGCUAUCGACAUCUCUGCCCGCCUCCGUGAUAAUCGCACCGUCUGGGCCCUCGUUUCUCGCAUGCGCUCUAGCCGCCUCGGAACCUCCCCGAAGACCUUCGCAAUUAUUGCUGAAAGGUAUGCUGCAUCGGGAAAAGCCCAUAGGGCAGUGAAAGUUUUCAUGUCUAUGCAUGAAUAUGGAUGUUUUCAAGAUCUUUCUUCAUUUAAUACAAUUCUUGAUGUGUUGUGUAAGUCGAAACGAGUAGAAAUGGCUUAUAAUUUGUUUAGGGCUUUAAGGGGUAGGUUUAAGGCUGAUUGUGUUAGUUAUAAUAUAAUUGUUAAUGGCUGGUGUUUGAUUAAGAGAACACCAAAAGCCUUAGAGGUGUUGAAGGAGAUGGUGGAGAGAGGUUUAACACCAAAUUUGACUACUUACAAUAUAAUGCUUAAAGGGUAUUUUAGAGCUGGUCAAAUUAAUGCAGCUUGGGAUUUCUUUUUGGAAAUGAAGAAGAGGAAAUGUGAGAUUGAUGUUGUUACUUACACUACUGUGAUUCAUGGGCUUGGUGUUGCGGGUGAGAUUAAGAGAGCUCGAAAGGUUUUUGAUCAGAUGGUGAAGGAAGGGGUACUCCCUUCUGUACCAACUUAUAAUGCUUUGAUUCAGGUACUAUGUAAGAAGGAUAAUGUAGAUAAUGCCAUAUUAGUUUUCGAGGAGAUGGUGAAGAUGGGUUAUGUCCCUAAUUCAACAACUUAUAACUUGGUGAUUAGAGGAUUGUGUCAUGCAGGUGAAAUGCAGAGGGCAUUGGCAUUUACGGAGAGAAUGAAAUAUGAUGAAUGCAAGACAAAUGUUCAAACAUACAAUAUUUUGAUUAGGUACUUCUGUGAUUCAGGAGAGAUUGAGAAGGGGUUGGAUUUAUUUCAGAAGAUGGGCACUGAAGAUUGCUUGCCAAAUUUGGACACCUAUAAUAUACUAAUAAGUGCAAUGUUUGUGAGGAAAAAGUCAGCUGAUAUCUUGGUGGCAGGGAAGUUAUUGGUUGAGAUGAUUGAUAGAGGAUUUCUUCCUCGAAAACUUACUUUCAAUCGGGUUCUUGAUGGGCUUUUAUUAACUGGUAACCAAGGCUUCGCUAAAGAGAUUCUGAGUUUACAGAGUAGAUGUGGCCAUCUUCCCAGUAAAUUUAAACUAUGAAGCCUGUAAGAAUUCAGAUUGGCCUCUAAAUUAUGCGGAUCUUGUUACAUUACCUUUUCUAUUUGUAAGAUAACAAUACUACUGCACUAUACUAAUUAACAAUGCUGCUGUUAUCCAUUCUAUGAUAUUUGCAGUGAAAUUAAAAAGCUAGGAGAGUAUAUGUUCAAAUGGUAAAGUAGGCAGGGCUUCCUUCAAUUUGCAAGUUGUGUUGCUUUUAUACAACUUUUGUAGAACUAUGCAUGGAAAAUGCUACACUUUAUCCCUGUGGAACGUGGAAAAGUGAAAAAGUGCAUUUUCAUUGAAUGAAGAACUACAAUGGGCAUUACUUGGCUUGGGGUUUCUUAUGCAUACUUCUGGAAGCAAGAAUAGGUGGGCAAUGGGUAUCGCAUACUGGCAUAUUUCUGUUGGAAAAACAAAAUCUUGUUUCGUUUUACUAUUGUGGAGAAGAGAUAAGUUUCCUUUUGAGUGAUGCUGGCUUGUUUAGGUCUUUUAUUAAUGGGUUUCUAGAAUGUAUUCUCCCCCAGCUUUCAUGCUGCAUUUCAGCUUUCUAUGAUAAGAGAUUGUGUAUUUGAAGGUUAGUAUAAAUCAGUUUAUAAUGAAUUUUAAUCUGUUGAUUAUGUAUUGUGGUGCCUUGCACAGUUGCACUUGUUUCCCCUUUUCAGGAAAUGUUAAAUCUUGAUGAAUUUCCUGAACUGAGAAAUCCCAAGCACUUGGAAAUGAAGAUUACCCUACAGACUAAUAAUAGUCUCCUUUAAAUAGAGGCCUCUCUAUUCAUGGUGAUUGGGGAUAUUUGUGUUUCAGUUGUGGCCUUGUGGUAGUGUGAGCGUGUGCAUGUGCCAUUUCCUUUCUACAUUUGAGCAAGCCUCAAAAAUAUUGUUUUGAUACUUGCUACAGGUUUCUCCUUCAAAUGCAAGUGAGAAGUUGGCAAAUCAUACAUUUAGCACCAGAAUGUGGUGGAAUUGACCGUGAUAAUGACUGAGCUAUAGACCUUGGAUUUGUCAUGUAUUAGCACGCUCUUGUACUUGAGAAAUUGAUUGUUGAUACUUGCAUCGUUAACCAUUAUCCAUUGUAAGAGGAUAUUGAGGAGAAAUAUGAAUAAUUUCAAAUUUUGGGUUUUA